UUAUAUCCCAGAGUAGGGCAGGCAAUACCAGGCACCAGGAUAAGAGGGCGGUAAUCACCAAGGCAUAAUAUGAAUCGUCAAGCGGAGCUGGCAUGACUGGCGGACACAUGAAUCGCAUGCGAAGCCUUGUCCGAUUGUUGACACACAGCAAUAGAACUGAAUUGAUGGCAUUACAGUACAAAUGAUUCAUUCCAUCCACCAGCAUCACAAUUCUAUUGUCGCUGUCUCCGCCACUGCUCCUCUCCUCUGCCUCCUCCCGCGACAGCCGCCCUCCUCCGCCCUGCCCUCCCUCAUCCAUCUCCAUCCGACAACAAUCCCCACGGUCGCAUCCCCCCAGAAACCCCUUCUCUCCUGCGACAACCCCCUAUUCACUGCCUCCAGGGACCCCCAAUAUGACAGCCCCCAACGAGGGGAUCCUCUUCCCACCUGGAAGCCCCACAUCCGUGCCGUCCGUGCUCGAGUCGCCCGGCUUAUCUUGGAGACCCCGCGACAGGUGAUCUGCUACGGAGUAGUGCGUCGUUCUCUCAUCGUGAGGGGCUUGCGGGAGAGAAUAGGGUAUCCUCCACAGAUAACUCGGCACGGAAAUAUAAUUGGCACGUGGGCUUAUGUGAUUUGCAAAGAGAAUAGAUUGCAAGGGAGGCGCUACAGCCAUGAUAUUCUUAUAUCUUUUGAUUAUAAUAGAAUUGGCUAUCUGCAGCGUAACAUCUCACUCCCGAUUCUAUGGAGUAAAGCUCUUAUACUCGAGAGACCGAUGUGAUGAGUCCCCGCGGCAGGCCGCCAAUCGGCAUUGAUAUCCCUGCAAGGGGAUGGAAUGAGACUUCCGCCUUUGCAGGAACAGGUAAUGUGAGACGGUGGCGCGCGCCGAAGUGAUCCAUCGAUUGUCGACGCGUCCGUCGGUCAAUCCAGCAGGUUCAGGGUCAAACAGAUCAAGAUGAGACGUUCAAAGCGGACAACGGACAACGGAC